UGGCGGCCGGAGGCGCCCCUGAGCUCGGGAGCGCGCCGGCGCCCCAGGCCAGGCAGGAGGGCGGCCUGCAGAGCGCGGAGCAGGGCCGAGGCGCGGGGAAGGCGGCGGCGCGGCUGCCGGCUGGAUGAGAAGUUAAUGUUUACCGCCGAGUCCACCCAACGUUUCCAAGAUGGCUUUUCUCUGGGGGAAUACAGGGGUAGAAGAAUAAGCUCCUUUCUUUGCUGAAAAGAAAGAAAUCCCAGUGCUGCACCAAGAUCAAGAGAAAUUGUCGGUGGCGACAGACAAGGUUGCAGAAAAGCUGAGUUCUACUCUCUCAUGGGUGAAGAACACCGUAUCAUACACAGUCAAUCAGAUGGCCAGUCAGGUGGCAAGUCCAUCUACUUCAUUACACACUACAUCCUCAUCUACCACAUUAUCAACGCCAGCCCUUUCACCAUCUUCCCCGUCACAGCUGAGUCCAGAUGACUUAGAACUCCUGGCUAAACUUGAGGAACAAAAUAGAUUGUUAGAGACGGAUAGUAAGUCUUUGAAAUCUGUAAAUGGGUCAAGAAGAAACAGUGGCUCCUCCCUUGUGUCAAGUUCAUCAGCCUCCAGCAACCUUAGCCACCUUAAAGAAGAUUCUUGGAUACUUUGGGGAAGACUUGUUAAUGAAUGGGAAGAUGUGCACAAAAAGAAGGAAAAACACAUUAAGGAACUUGUUCGUAAAGGGAUACCGCACCAUUUUAGAGCAAUAGUUUGGCAACUUUUAUGCAGUGCACAAAAUAUGCCAAUCAAGGAUCAGUAUGCGGAACUCCUGAAAAUGACUUCACCUUGUGAAAAAUUGAUCCGGAGGGACAUUGCUAGAACUUAUCCCGAACACAAUUUUUUUAAGGAAAAAGAUAGCUUUGGACAGGAGGUUUUAUUUAACAUAAUGAAGGCAUAUUCUCUAGUGGAUCGUGAGGUUGGUUACUGUCAAGGAAGUGCUUUUAUAGUUGGAUUGCUGCUUAUGCAGAUGCCAGAAGAAGAAGCCUUCUGUGUAUUUGUUAAAUGAAUGCAAGAUUAUAGACUUCGUGAACUUUUUAAACCAAGUAUGGCAGAAUUGGGCCUUUGUAUGUACCAGUUUGAAUGCAUGAUACAGGAACAUCUUCCAGAGCUCUUUGUACAUUUUCAGUCUCAGAGUUUUCAUACCUCAAUGUAUGCAUCAUCCUGGUUUCUGACUAUCUUUCUUACGACUUUUCCGCUACCAAUUGCAACAAGGAUAUUUGAUAUCUUUAUGUCUGAGGGUUUAGAGAUAGUGUUUCGAGUAGGAUUAGCACUUCUUCAAAUGAAUCAGGCAGAAUUGAUGCAACUCGACAUGGAAGGGAUGUUACAACACUUUCAGAAGGUCAUUCCACAUCAGUUUGAUGGAGGUCCAGACAAAUUAAUCCAGGCAGCUUACCAAGUCAAAUAUAACUCAAAAAAAAUGAAAAAGCUUGAAAAGGAAUACACUACAAUAAAAACUAAAGAAAUGGAAGAGCAAGUUGAAAUUAAAAGGUUACGUACAGAAAAUAGGCUUUUAAAACAACGCAUUGAAACAUUAGAAAAACAUAAAUGCAGUUCCAGCUACAAUGAAGACUUUGUGCUACAGCUAGAGAAGGAAUUGGUUCAGGCCCGUCUGAGGGAGGCUGAGGCUCACCGUGCACUAAAGGAGAUGCAGGAUAAAGUCCUGGAUAUGGAGAAGAGAAACAACUCCUUUCCUGAUGAGAAUAACAUUGCAAGGCUUCAGGAAGAACUCAUUGCUGUGAAACUGAGAGAAGCAGAAGCUAUUAUGGGUUUGAAAGAACUUAGACAACAAGUCAGAGAUUUAGAGGAGCACUGGCAGCGCCACUUAGCUCGUACUUCUGGGAGAUGGAAAGACCCACCUAAGAAAAAUGCUGUGAAUGAAUUACAAGAUGAAUUGAUGAUCAUUCGACGUAGAGAAGCAGAAACACAGGCAGAAAUAAGAGAAAUAAAACAAAGGAUGAUGGAAAUGGAAACACAGAACCAGAUCAAUAGUAACCAUCUUCGAAGAGCAGAACAAGAGGUGACCAGUCUUCAGGAGAAGGUGCAGUAUCUUUCUGCGCAGAACAAAGGACUGCUUACUCAGUUAAGUGAAGCAAAAUGCAAACAAGCAGAGAUUGAAUGCAAGAACAAGGAAGAAGUGAUGGCCGUGAGACUGCGGGAAGCAGACAGCAUAGCUGCUGUGGCUGAACUGCAGCAGCACAUCGCUGAGCUUGAAAUCCAGAAAGAAGAAGGAAAGCUUCAAGGACAGCUUAACAAGUCUGAUUCUAACCAGUAUAUUAGGGAACUGAAAGAUCAGAUAGCAGAGCUGAAUCAUGAGCUCAGGUGCCUAAAAGGCCAGAGGGGCUUCUUGGGCCAACCCCCUUUUGAUGGAAUCCACAUCGUCAACCACUUAAUAGGAGAUGACGAAUCAUCCCAUUCCUCUGAUGAAGAUCUCAUAGACAAUUCCUUACGGGAGAGUGGCAUUGGUUUUCCUUUGCACAGAAAAUCUGGCGAGAGGUCUGAAGCCCCCACUGUGGCAGAUGGCAGUGAAAGUGAAACAGAAGACAGUGUGAUGGAGACCAGAGAGGGCAGUCAAGUGGAUCAGAAGGAACGGCUCCCAGGAAAGAGAGAAUCAUACUCAACCACUGUCUGACCGUCACUGUGAACUAGACUGUGGAUUUUUUUAAGGGAUCAGUUAUAUGAUUAAGGGUUUUGGGGGACAUAUCUGUUUCAUAUGUACAUAUAUAUAUUUUUUUUCAAUCUUAUCUGCCUUUUGAUCUUUGCCAAACCAUCACCACUGACUAACUUUUGCCAUAAAGUAGAUUGGAAUAUGGUUAAUGUGAAAAAUAAGGUUCUAGCAGUAUUACUGAAUCUUAAUGUUUCUUGUGUAGAAAAUGUAAUUAUAUCUAUAUGUGGGAACCAUUUUGAAGUUCUGAACUAUGGAAAAUUUAAAUUUCUUCAGACAAAACUGCUCUUGUGCAAUAUUUUAUGCUUAGUAAACAAAUUGUGUAUUUAUGUUUAUCAUUUUGUUUUCAGGGCAGCUGUCUACAAACAUUUGACCAAGACACACAUCUGAUUUAUCUUAUGCUUUUGUGUUUGGAGGGAUUUUUUUUCCCAAUGAAAUUACUGCAUCAUUAGUGGACCACUGAAAGUUCCCAAACACAGUGUCCUUUUCCCAUAUAAUGUUCUAAAUACAAAUUAAGGGUUAAUUGAGAGUUUUA